AUGGACCGCUCUCCCGUCCCUUUCCCGACCUUGUCUCUUCAGGCUGAAGAGAGCCAAAAUACUAACGCACGCCCCGCCAACACACGCAUCCACUCCUCUCCGUCCCUCCCAAACAUCUGGUACGUCGCUUCAGCGCAUAUAUGCGCCUCUGAGACUGCAGGCGCGCUACCGACCUCAUCUCCGCCCUCUCGACCUCGCCGCGACGCCGAUGACGCCGACGAAAAGCAAGUACCCUUCCCGAGCAAGCGCAGCACCUCAGGCUCGCCCUGCCGCCCUACCGCGCUGCUCACUCCUCCGUUGACGCCGUCGUCUUCCUUCAACUCCAAUCCCUGUGACGGACCCUCGACUCCUCCGGAGGCCAACUCGCCACUUCGCUGGGUCCACAACAUGCCCGACUCUCCAACGGCGAUGAAGGGGCAUACAUCUCUCCCGCACGGUGGCUACCUCACGCCGACAAGCACCCGCUCGCAGUCUAUGUCGUCCGAUUCGGGAUAUGCAAAGUCGCCGGCGAGCAUUGGUCAGGAGGCUGUAUCUGCUUUAGAGGCGGGUCUCUCCAGCGUCGACAUUACUCCGCGCGACGAGAGAAAGGCGGUCUUGGAGACCCCUAUCAUCGCUGGCGAUGCCGCCACACCACAGACGCCGUCGUUUGAUUUUGUCCGUAACGUUCCGCCUUCCGCCCCGUCGGCUAAGCUCCGGGAUGUAUUCGCGUCGACGGGCGAUAUCAAAGGCAUAUGGGUGCGGUACCAGGAAACACACGGCAUUGUCGUUUUGGCGUACUACAACAUCCGUCAUGCUGUACGAGCUAGGCGCCAGAUCUCGAGUCAAACUCUACACGGCCUGGAAGAAGUGCGUCUGGAGGCGAUGUUCAUCACUCCCGAGAGGUUAGAGACUAUCACCGGAAAAUCUUCGUUCGUCGACGAGACCGACGGGACGCUAUACGUCUCUUUCGAAGACAGACGUUUCGAGCCGUCUUCUCUGCAAAACGUCCUUUCUUCGUUCGGCGAAUUGCUAUCUUUCGAGGCGACCGAGCCUCAAGAUCAGGUCUAUCAUGUAGAAUUCUAUGACGUUCGUGAUGCUGCGAAUGCCUACAGAGCCCUCAACGAACGCACCUUCAUGGGCGUGCGUCUCCGGCUCUAUAAGACGUCGAUCCAACUGGAGUCGCCGCUCCAGCCUUCUUCGCCGUACCAGUCCCAUUCUCCGUCCAGGCCGGCCGCAUACUCGCAGGUCUUCCCGCCCGCCGAGACUUCUCCUAGCUCAGUGCAGAUCGACAUAGAGAUGCGAUGGACCGAAGGCCGCGUUCGUCCGCGCAGCGUCAGCGCGAGCGAGAACAUGGGCGCCCCUGACGCGGUCCGCAGGUUGAGAGGAAGGGAGUCUCCGCAGGAGCACAACAGGCGGUCGUCGAAUGACCUGUUCUUUGAUGCUGUUGGCAAGGUUCCCGCCACCCCGCAGACCCCCUUGAGGCCGAGGAGCAUCAGCAUUGGACCUGACGCGGACGACAUGACACGGCAACCGCGUACGAUUCAGACCUACGAUCCCUCGCUAUAUCUCCACCCCGAAACCGCCGCCGCUCAGCACGGAGGACCAGCGCCGACUUACGGUUACCAGUACAUGCCUCAGCAGUAUCUGGGCCCGAACUUUAACGGCGGUGCUGGAGACCACUGGGCGCGCGGCGCCCCGCCGGCUGCGAACGUGGAGUAUUAUCUUCCUCCGUCUCCUAGGAGCGGACACAACUUGUCCACUGCGCCGCCUCCCAGCCCAAGGAGACCACAGCGGAACGCCCAGCGACCCGACCUCAGCCCAAUCGACGCGGAUGUGUUCCCUCGCUACCCGCCGUCGUCUUCAACGCGUCCCCAUAUACCCCGCGGAUCGACGUACGAGCCUUGCGCCAUGGACGGCCGUAUGUCCGCGAACAUGAACCUGAACAACAAUAUCAGUGAGAAGAACCAGCUAAACAUCGAAGCGAUCGAGUUGGGCAAGGACAUGCGGACGACGGUGAUGAUCAAGAACAUCCCGAACAAGAUGAGCGACAGGGACCUUUUGACGUUCAUCGCAAGGGUCUGUUCGAGGCGCAUUGAUUUCUUGUACCUGCGGAUGGACUUCCAAAACGGGUGCAACGUUGGAUAUGCGUUUGUCAACUUCAUCACCGUUGGAGACUUGUUGCACUUCGCAAAGACCCAGUUGGGUGUCAAGUGGAACAUGUACUCGAGUGAGAAGGUCCUCCAGAUGUGCUACGCGACCUACCAGGGCAAAGAGGCGCUCGUUGAGAAGUUCAAGAACUCUUGCAUAAUGGACGAACGCGAGUCCUGGCGCCCCAAGAUCUUCUAUUCUGACGGCCCGAACCAAGGCCUCCCUGAGCCCUUCCCGGCGCCGACGCAUCUCCGCAGGAAGGAGAGAAGCUCGCAUAACCGCGGCGCUCUAUUCGUCCCUGGGGCCAACUACCGGCACGAGAGGCGCGACGGUAAUACUGGUGGUGGCGGCGGCGGCUCGACUCUCUAUCACCACAGGCCGGGGCCUCCGCGUAUGGCCCAACGCUAG